CAUUUCUCGUUCAACCCAUUUUACAAUGCUAUCAAUGACGCAAAGAAAUAAAAGUAAAGUAAUGAUUCAAUAUUUUAAGUUCCGUGCCAUUCACUUUCUCUUCGCCGCUGCCUUGCCAGUGUUGGCCACAGCUGAAACCCGAGAACCCAACAACGGUAUUGACAGCGUCAACAUCGCUUCACCGAGAAAAGUAAAAGACAGAUUUCCGGCUUUCCUCGAUGUAGCUACCAAUCCAUGGAAAGAACCUGGAGCUGAUGACCAACGAUCACCCUGCUCUUUUCUGAACACUCUCGCCAACCAUGGGCUCAUCAAUCGCAACGGAACCUUCAUUGAUCUUUUCGAUAUCGCCAUGGUGAUGGAAAAGGUCUUCUUCUUCUCGCCAGAAUUUACGUACCAGACGAAGAUUCUUCCAGCCAUUGAUUGUAACCAGACUUACGAGGACGAAUUGGGUACUAUCCGUGUGGAUCUUCAAGCAUUAUUUGCACCAAGGUGCAAAAACUUUCGUUCCAUACUUGUGCGCUCUCCAGGCAAUGAGACCAUGAUCGAUGUCAUGUUACUUGAUCAAUUGCUGACGAUCGGCAAUAAUGCAACGCUCGAUAUGAUCGAACGUAGUGCUUCGGAGAAUCAUGAAAGUCAUCUUUCCUUAGAAAGCAUUGCUGCUUUUCAAUACUACCGCAUUUUCGACAUUUUCAACGCCACCGAAGGAAAUCAUACUUUUGAAAUACCCGAAAGCGAUUUCAUGGCCAAUGAAAUUCUCUCUCUCUAUCUCGUUGGGAAGGAUUGGACUUCCAGUACCCGUUCAGUGUUAGUAAACCGCCUUUUCACGUUUUUGAUGUGGGAACGGAUUCCAGAUCCUUUCUUUCGUAGCGAGAUACAACGCAACUUCAUGGAUGCCAAUGACCCUUUGAACGAUUUCUUCUUAGAACUUUCCUUUUCCCUCGAGGAUGCCAUAAAAGUAACAUUUUCCUCCAAUGAGGGCGACUUCGAUUAUGGUGGUUUGGGUCUAGACGAAACCAUUAGUGAUGAUAGUUUCGAUUUUGACCGUUCCGAUGGAAACCACGAUAAUUUUCCAGAAGGAUAUGACUUCGGAAUUUACGACGGUUUUGAUGAUGGUAUGUUCGCACUUGAUGAGUUUAUUUCAGACAGUGAGGAAGUGGAGUUCUUCGAUGAUGAAUUGUUUGAUGAUGAAUUCUUCGAUGAUGGAUUCUUUGACGAUACGAUUCCUUUUGGGGACGACGCAUUUUUUUUCGAUGAUAAGCUCCUUGAUGAUGUUUUUCUUUACAGUGAUGACAUGAAGUAUGUGGAUGAUGACAUGAAGUAUGUCGAAGAUGACUUCGCGGGCCCCAUCGACGAUUCGCUAGAUAUCGAUAGAGACGAUCACAGCAAAAAGCCCAUGCCUUCCUUAUUUCCUUCGCCGGCUGCAACGGGCAAUCCUACCUUUCUUAUUUCCCCUGAAGCAAUCUCCGUUGGUCCUUCCACUGCCUUUGUUCCAACGAAGAAGCAAACCGAAGGUUUUUCUAUUCAGCCAAGCUCGGAGAUUUCACCUUCCACAGUCCCACCUACGACAGCGCAUUCUCAAAUACUUAGCUUGUCUCCCACUAUUGAUACAGUGCCAACAGUACCGACUGGAUCACCAACCUAUAUUCUGACAGAAGUGCCUACAGUAUUUCUCGUCUCAACCAACAUUCCUAGUUGCGUUCAUUCUGGAAAGAAUAUGGACCAGGAAGGUACAAAUGGCACAACAGAACCACAAACAAUUGAACAGGAAGAAACAGGUAUUCCACCAGAAUCUUGGACUCCAGGACUCUCUAUGCUUCCCACGGAUGCUCAAACUGAUAUACCUAGCGCAAACGUGUAUUACAGUCACACAAACAUACCUACCGACAGCAUUGGAUGGACUCCUAUAGACGCACCAUCAUAUGCUUCAUUCCUGCCAAGUAUUGCUUCAUCUGACUUCUUGUCAAAAUCUCCUAUGUUUGUCCCAACAAAUGGGCCUACCACUAGGAUGGAUACUACUACACCAGGUGAUUCUCCCAAUGACUUUCAAUCAAAACCUUUUGCUUCA